AUGUUGGAUAUGGGAGAACGGAAAGAAGUGAAAAUGAUUCCUAAAUCAUCGUUCAGUAUAAACAGUCUGGUGCCUGAAGCCGUCCAAAGUGACAACCACCACAGAUCCGUCCCCGAGGAAGAGGAGAAGAUUCCUUUACCUACGGUAGCACAGGAUGCGAAGUCGGAGAACAUUUGCACUAAAAGUGACAAUUCUUCGCACGAAUCGGCAUGCACGGAUGAAAAAGAAAAACAGGAAGAGAAAAAGGACUGCAAAGAGGGCGAAGGAGGGAAAGACGGGGAAAAGAAAAACGGCAAGUAUGAAAAACCACCUUUCAGCUAUAACGCAUUGAUCAUGAUGGCCAUCCGGCAAAGUCCGGAGAAACGACUAACUUUAAACGGUAUUUACGAAUUCAUCAUGAAAAAUUUUCCGUAUUACCGGGAGAACAAACAGGGCUGGCAGAAUUCCAUUAGGCACAACUUAAGCCUUAACAAAUGUUUUGUGAAAGUGCCCCGGCACUACGAUGACCCGGGGAAGGGUAACUACUGGAUGCUUGACCCCUCUAGUGACGACGUGUUCAUCGGCGGGACGACAGGCAAACUUCGUCGGAGAUCGACUACAUCCAGAGCGAAGCUAGCUUUCAAACGGGGAGCUCGGCUCACUUCCACGGGACUGACUUUCAUGGAUAGAGCUGGGUCAUUAUAUUGGCCAAUGUCACCGUUUCUUUCAAUUCAUCAUCCAAGGGCGAGCAGUGCUUUGAGUUACAACGGAACGUCAUCGGCGUACCCUAGUCACCCAAUGUCCUAUAGCACAAUGUUGACUCAAAACAGUUUGGGGAGCAACCACUCUUUCCCUGCCUCAAACGGCUUAAGCGUUGAUAGACUCGUAAAUGGAGAGAUUCCUUAUGCGACUCACCACCUAACAGCGGCAGCCUUAGCCGCCUCUGUACCAUGUGGUCUGUCUGUACCCUGUUCGGGGACCUACUCUUUAAACCCUUGUUCGGUUAAUCUCCUUGCAGGACAGACCAGUUAUUUCUUUCCCCACGUUCCUCAUCCAUCAAUGACUCCCCAGACCAGCACUUCAAUGACGGCCCGGGCAGCCUCCUCCUCGUCCCCGCAAGCACCCUCGUCCCUCCCUUGUGAAUCCUUAAGGCCUUCGCUACCAAGUUUUUCAUCAGGACUUUCCGGAGGACUUUCUGACUACUUCACACAUCAGAAUCAAGGGUCAACUUCAAAUCCACUUAUACACUAA